UUCGUUCGCGUUCAGGCAUCUCGCUUCGAAUUCCAUUCUGGACCAUUUUAAAUGGUCGGGAUUGAAUAUUAAUUUUUCUUCCCUUUCAAUAAACAAAUUUUUCAGUGUUUUAUAAAGUUUUAAAUUUAUUGAAAACCGUUUAUCGAUGUGAUUUUUCACUUCGAUUAUUUUUUAUUGACUCCCUUUUCAUGAAAACACGACAUUUUUAUAGAUUGAAGAAAAGUGUCCAAAAAAGUAAUUUAAAAAUUACAAUAAAAUGGCGAACUUAAUAGGACUGGUCGUUAGCAAUUAUAAUGAAAUACUUGAAAAAAACAAAGAUCCCAUGGUGGAUUCAUGGCUUCUUAUGGGAUCGCCUGGACCGUUGAUACUGAUUUUGGGAGUUUAUCUUAUAUUUGUCUUGAAAAUUGGUCCAAAGAUGAUGGAAAAAAGGCCAGCUUUUGAAUUGAAGAAACUAAUUAUUGCUUAUAAUGGAUUUCAAGUCAUUUUCAGCAUUUAUUUAGCAUCUACGGCCCUUAAUCUAAAUUUCUUCCGAUACAUCUUCAGCAAUAGUUGUAACACCCAGAGAAUUCAACCAGACAAGGAAAUGCAGACACUACUUUCAUCUGGUGCUUGGUGGUAUUUCUUUGCGAAAAUAAUCGAGCUAUUAGAUACGGUAUUCUUUGUUUUAAGGAAGAAAGAUAAUCAAGUAUCAUUUUUACAUGUUUAUCAUCACACAAUAACAGCACUGUUUUCAUGGUGCUAUUUGAAACUACUUCCUGGUGAACAAGGAAUUGUCAUCGGAAUUUUAAAUUCCAUUGUUCAUAUAGUUAUGUACAGUUAUUAUUUAAUUGCUGCCCUCGGACCGGAAUACAGAAAAUAUAUAUGGUGGAAAAAGUACAUGACCUGGAUUCAACUGGUACAAUUUGGAAUUAUGCUUUGUUACCUGAUGUUUAUUUUAGCCCUGGAUUGCUCGAUGCCAAAAGCCCUAACUUACUUUUUCGCAACAAAUGUUGUCAUUUUCAUCUAUCUUUUUACUGAUUUUUACAGAAAAACUUACAAGAAAAAAAAACAGGUUUAAAAAUUCUUAAUGCGUUUGCAAAAAAAAUGAUCUGUAAAUUUGUACUUUUAAGAGUGAGUGAAAGAUUGAUUGUGCAAGAAAGAAAAUGUAUGAAUAUUUGAUAUAAUAAAACAAACAUAGUCGAUUUAAUAACUUUUAUCAUUUCUGUAAAAAAAUUACUCAAUUGUUUAAAAUUGAGAAAUAAUAUUAAGAAUAUUGCAAUUAAAAAUUUUGAAAAUGAAAUAUCUGAUUCAUUAAAUUUGUAAAAAUGCUGCUUACGAAAAAAUUUUAACUGGAAUUUCGUAACAUUAUUUAUUAUCAUAAUUUGUUAACUAGUGUUAUUGUUAUACGUCAUUAAUAUUAAUAAGUGUAAUGUAAUAUAGUAAAAUUAAAAUAUCAA